UUCCUAGAAUGAACAACACAGUGAUUUACAACUUUUACUUCCUGGGCACGAGUUUCCUGGAAUAGUCCUGUUAUGUUGAAGAGGAUGGGAUGCAAAGACUUAUUAAUGUCGAAGGGGAGCCCUCCCAGCCUUCCAACAGCAGCCGGCCCCCAUGCCAGAAUGGGAGUGAUGCCGAGGCCAACACUGCUGCAAACCUCACCUUCUCCUCCUACUACCAGCACUCCUCCCUGGUGGCUGCCGUGUUCAUUGUGGCCUACGUGCUCAUCUUCCUCCUCUGCAUGGUGGGCAACACCCUGGUCUGCUUCAUUGUGCUCAAGAACCGGCACAUGUGCACCGUCACCAACAUGUUUAUCCUCAACCUGGCCGUCAGCGACCUGCUGGUGGGCAUUUUCUGCAUGCCCACCACCCUUGUGGACAACCUCAUCACUGGGUGGCCCUUCGACAACGCCACAUGCAAGAUGAGCGGCUUGGUGCAGGGCAUGUCCGUGUCAGCUUCUGUUUUCACACUGGUGGCCAUUGCCGUGGAAAGGUUCCGCUGCAUCGUGCACCCUUUCCGCGAGAAGCUGACCCUGCGGAAGGCGCUGGUCACCAUUGCGGUCAUCUGGGCCCUGGCCCUGUUCAUCAUGUGCCCCUCGGCCGUCACGCUGACCGUCACGCGCGAGGAGCACCACUUCAUGGUGGACGCCCGCAACCGCUCUUACCCGCUCUACUCGUGCUGGGAGGCCUGGCCCGAGAAGGGCAUGCGCAGGGUCUACACGGCCGUGCUCUUCUCGCACAUCUACCUGGCGCCGCUGGCGCUGAUCGUGGUCAUGUACGCGCGCAUCGCCCGCAAGCUGUGCAAGGCCCCGGGGCCCGCGCGCGCCGGCGAGGAGGCAGCCGGGGAGGGCGGCCGCGGCGCCCGGCGCAGGGCCCGGGUGGUGCACAUGCUGGUCAUGGUGGCGCUGUUCUUCACGCUGUCCUGGCUGCCUCUCUGGGCCCUGCUGCUGCUCAUCGACUACGGGCAGCUGAGCGAGCCGCAGCUGCACCUGGUCACCGUCUACGCCUUCCCCUUAGCCCACUGGCUGGCCUUCUUCAACAGCAGCGCCAACCCCAUCAUCUACGGCUACUUCAACGAGAACUUCCGCCGCGGCUUCCAGGCCGCCUUCCGCGCCCAGCUCUGCCCGCCGCCGUGGGGGAGCCACCGGGAGGCUCCCAGCGGGCUCCUGCGCACGCGGGUCUUCGUGGAGGUGCAGCCCAGCGACUCGGGCCUAACCUCCAAGUCGGGCUCGAGCAGCGGGGCCCCCAGGCCCGGCCGCCUCCAGCUGCACAGUGGCCACGUGGCCCCCCCUGGCUUGGCCGCCGAGGGUCCCGGCUUUUCCCAUACACCCCUCACCAUACCAGCCUGGGGCGUUUGAGUGGGACAUGGAGGGCCGGCCCCUGAACCCGAGGGCCCCGGCUGGACACGUGACACCCAGGCAUGCUAGCGGCCUGGUGUGGUGUUAGCAGAGGGUACCAUGUGCCUCCCUCUCAAAUACAAGGCAGUGAGCAGUUAGUUGCUAGUGGAAUCUUCUCUGCCACCUCCCCCCUCAAACAGAGGCAAAGGAGGGUAAGGGGAGAGGAGCCUUAUUCCCCGAAAACCCUUCUGUGUGGUAGAAGCCACCGGCAUCAUCUCACUGAAUUCUCAAAACGCUUUCAGAAUAGGGGUUUUUCAUCCCCCUUCUGAAGACGUGAAACUGAGGCUAGAAGAGAUGCGGCUAGCCCAGUCUCAGCUGGAAACCCUACAGGAGUCUGUGUGCCUCCAGUGCCUGAUGGUUUUGACCAUCUCCAGCUGUCUCCAGAAGGACCCCCGGAAGGUGAACACAGUGAAAAGUGUAAAUCCUAAUUAGGCAGCUGGGAAAAAGUGAAAAGCAAGGCUGGCCUGUCCAUCGGAUGCUUGGUGUCCACGUCCUGGUGUCCUGUAUGUAUGAUUGAAGCCACUCCCCUGAUCCCUUCCCAGAACAUAGUGUGUUCUGUGUAGGUUUGUCUUGUUUGUUCCAGGAAGUGUCCAGGGCCAUUCUCUUCUCCCCAAAGUACCAUUUACAGGACGUCAUGUAUGAGCAGCUGCGGAACUAGCCCUGGGGAGGCUGCAUCAGUUUCAGGCACUCUGGGUCUGAACCCAGAGAAGGGUGGGUCUCUGUCCUCCCUCCUCUACUCAUAGGGCCCACCACCAUCACGGCGGCCCAGGUGAGAGCUCACAGUGCGACAGGCAGCUGCAAGGCCACAAGAAGCAUCAGUUUAUUUAUUCAUGGACAGGAGGAAGGUAGGGCAUAGCACCCAGUUUCAGCCUUCCGAAACACAUCUGCUCACUGGAGCUGCAAGUAUAAGCCUUCCCCAAGGCCUCUUUCCCUGCUCCUUCCAGGGGACUGCAGGGGAGAAGUUGGCCAACCAAAGCUAUGGUGUCUUCUGGGGCCUCUGGGAUGACAAACACUAAACCUCUCCCUGUCAUGGAUAACUUGUGUGCCCUAAAAAGGGAUGGGGACCAUCCCUUGUUUGCUCUGGCUCUCACCCAGCAUAUCUGCAUCACCUUGAAGAGAGAGGCUUCUCUCCAGGAGGUGGGAGGAAUUGGGAUCACCUUGUGAUCCUUGCACGGCUCCAGUAAUCUGCAGUUAACUGGGUAUUUCCCCCUCAUCUCUAUAGAAAACGCACUGCUGCCAGAAUUUUAGUGAAUAAAAAAGAAACAUUUCCAGGGCAGAGAAUGUGACUCCGAGGCUCCAGUAGUCUCCUUAAUCGACACACAAUGACUUAAGACUUAACCCUGUUUACUCCAUUCUAAGUACUAGAUGUAGGGGCAGAAGAAAAUUCCUAAGCCACUGUACAGUGUGUUCUCCGAGCAUGUCGCCAGACAGUCUCAUCUGAUCCAUACAAAUGAGGCUGAAGGAGAUGUUGCUGUUUUACAAAGUAACUGAGGCUCAAAGGGACCAAGGUCACGAGCCACAGAGGGGCAGGGUUUGGGUUAGAAUUUGUCUUCUGGUUUCUUCCCACGCCCCUUCCUUCUUUUCAAGGAAGGUGGAUUGGGGAGGAGAGCUGGAAAUUCCCACAAAGACUUUUUGCCUGAUGGUGAACCAGAAUGCUCACAGAACCAGAAUCCCCACCCUCAAGCUCCUGGUCUGGGAAAUGAGAGUCUAUUGUAUUUACUCUUGUAAUAUCUGGCCUGAGCUGUUCUGUGUAUGCUCUCUAUGACCCAUGUACUGAGCAGGCUGCCAAGAUCCAUCAUGACCCCACCCUGGUCAAGGUGUCUGGGAGUGAUGGAUGAGGGUCUUAGGAAAGGGUGUGCCAUCCUGUCCCUCAUUAGGUAGUGCAUGUGUGGGCCCCAUUUCUGGUGCUGUAUCAGUGUUCUGUGUCACAUAGGCCAGAGGAUUCCUGGCUGCUUGCUGUAAAGAACUCUGACUCCAGGCUCUAAAAAUAGACCAGAGAAAGGGCCCUCUUAAACCCAAAUGCUUGUCCCUGUGGCAGGGGGGAAUCUGUUGGGAGACACUGUCUGGUCUCUCCUCUGGUGUGUGUUUCUCCCUUAGCAUGGUCUCCCCAACCACAAAAUCACUGCCUUUACAGCUGAGGGGAGACCAGGGCACUCACCCAAGCCAAACUUCUAUCAAGGCCCCUUUGUUUUACUUCCCCCCAAAGAUGCCAUGCUUUGAAAGAUUGGGCCUGCCAAAACAAAAAACAAAACAAAACAAACCUGCACUAGGCCAUAAUUCAUAUAUUUGCUGUUACGGUUAUUUCUUUAAAAAAAAUCUGUCAAAGGCUAUGCCUGCUGGUUCAGAUUUGAUUUGAAUCAGGCAUGACUUGAUGCUUUCAUGAGGGGUGAGGCCUUGUGGGUACCUGUGGAAUGUCUGUUUUUUUGUGUAUGUGGCAAAAUAUAUACAACAUAAAAGUUAC